GUGAUUGGGCUGUUGGACUGUCAGUCUUGCUUUGCUUUGCAUUUUGAGCACAAGGGUUCGUGAGUAAAGACCUUAACAACAUUGAAGAAAGAAUAAAUAAAUAAAACGACACUCCCUAGGUGGUUCUCGCAAAGGAAGUCCCCCUGCUAAGGGGAACGGAAAACGAAGAGAAAGAGCGAGAAUUCCCCAGUCAGGUGACAGGAGUUUUUUGUUUUUUUCCACUUAUAUUUUAAUAAACAAAUACCAGGACGUCCUGAUUUUAAUGCGCUCGACGGAGGAGUCUUCUCGCCACACCGAAUCAAUGUGAGGUGACAGUUACGGUUUUGUCUGCAGCAGGAUGUUGGAAGAAGUGACUGCUGUGGUGAGGUUUGCCGUCUAUGGUAACGGAAGCACGUCUCUACCACCAGCGUUUGAGAACACGUCUUCAGUGCCACCAACAUUGCACCCUGACAGUGGAGCUAACAUCACCAAGCCUCACCAGUGUCUCCAGGUUCUCUAUGAAGAUAUCGGAGACUCACGAGUCCGAUUCUGGGAUCUGCUGCUACUGGUCCCAAAUGUGGCGUUCUUUAUGUUUCUGCUCUGGAAACUGCCGUCCGCCAGAGCCAAGAUAAAAGUUACAUCCAGUCCCAUCUUUAUCACCUUCUACAUCCUGGUGUUUGUUGUGGCUGCAGUGGGGAUCACUCGUGCCAUAGUCUCCAUGACAGUCAGUGCUUCAAGUGCUGCUACCAUCAUUGAUAAGGUUCUCUGGGAGAUCACGCGCUUUUUCUUGCUGGCCAUUGAGCUCAGUGUCAUUAUACUGGGACUAGCCUUUGGUCACCUUGAAAGCAACUCUAGCAUAAAGCGAGUUUUGGCCAUCACCACUGUGUUAGCACUGGCUUAUUCCAUUACCCAGGGGACUCUGGAGAUUCUGUAUCCUGAUGCUCACCUGUCCGCAGAGGACUUUAACAUCUAUGGUCAUGGAGGAAGACACUUCUGGCUCGCUAGUUCCUGCUUUUUCUUUCUGGUCUAUUCCCUGAUUGUCAUUCUUCCAAAAACUCCUUUAAAGCACCGCAUAUCUCUUCCAUCCAGGAAGAGUUUCUACUUGUAUGCUGGGAUUCUGUCCCUGCUGAACCUGGUUCAAGGCCUCGGCAGUGCACUGCUCUGUGCAGAGAUCAUAGAAGGACUUUGCUGUGUUGACGUGACCACCUUCCUCUAUUUCUCUGUUUUUGCACCUCUGAUCUAUGUGACAUUCCUUCAAGGAUUCUUUGGGUCUGAGCCAAAGAUCCUGUUCUCCUACAAAUCUCAGGUGGAUGAGCCUGAUGACACCGAUGUCCACCUGCCGCCCACCUUUGGUGUGGGGAAGAAAGACGCCUUCGAUUCCUACUCCAGCACGCAGAUCGACAGCUCGGGGGCCUACCUGGAUGAUGUUGCCUCUGCUCAGUACCCCGUCGGCAGCAUCAACAGCAUUGACAGCGACCGCUGGAGAAUCAUGAAUGCCUAGAGCUACUCGUAGCCUGCAAGCACUGGGGUUAGACAGGGGAGGGGGUGGGGAGACCUCCCCCUGGCCUGGUUUUCACUGCAGACAAUUUCAGUCAUGGAAUGUUAGAAGAACUUAUACAGGAUUUUAUAAAUCCAUUCAUGAACAUACGUGACCCCCCAGCUCGGAGCUUCCUGUCUUUAAAGAGACGCCAUCCGAGUUUGCUGGCCUGUGAUUCAUAACACCCACUAGUACAAGCAUCGGCUUUUAACAGCUGAAAAAAAAAAAAAAAAGGUUAGGAACUGUACAUAUUGUGCAUACACAUUCCCAUUUAGAUUUGCCACAGUCUAAUCUGUGCCUGUCUGCUGGUAGAAGUUCUUAGGAGAAAGGUGAGCCUGAAUUUAGGCUGGCUUAAUUGUUUGGCAAACCAGGCGUGUAGUAGUAGGUCUAAUUUGUAUCAUCAUUUGGAAAUCUGCCCUAAAGCAUGGGACUCCUAUUCAAUUAAAUGUUUUUUUAAAUAUAUUUCAUGGUAAUGCUUCAUUGCAAGGGUAAUACUUUUUGAACUUGAUUGAUUCUGUUUAAAAGAUGGAUGAGAUUCAACAGUAUAAACUUUGCUCUGAGCUCCUGUUAUAAUGCAGAAGACAGGUGCAUUGUUAUUCUUGAACUAUAGAAGCCUGAUUACUAUAAAACGGUCAAUGGGGUGCUCAUGGUAUCAAGAGAGGUGCUAAAUUGGAUGUUCAUUGCCCACUCAUACUUGCUGGGGCCUGGAUCCAGAUCUUUGUGAUUAUCCACAGUACUCCAUAGCAGCUAUCACUAUAAUCAGUAUUGUGGAUGGCAGUGUGAUCUAAGGGAGAUUUUAGUUUUGAAUCCUGCUCAGAUUUAAAAGCUUAACCACCUUGGCCAUAGUUCAUGUUAAAAAAAAAUAAAAUAAAAUAUAUAUAUAUAUAUAUAUAUAUAUAUAUAUAUAUAUAUAUAUAUAUAUAUAUAUAUAUAUAUAUAUAUAUAUAUAUAUAUAAAUAUAAUAUAUAUAUAAUGACCAAUAACAUUGUAGUUAUUAUAAGAUGUUCAGUAACCUUGAGGUUAGGUCUGGGCAGGCAAAAUGUACAGCAACAGCAAUGCUUGGGGAAAACCAGGCUCCUCAUUAGUAGGUUGUUCAGCGUGAAAGGAUGGAGUCAAGACUGUGUGUAUGUAAUUUCAUUCGUAAAACAAUCAAGCUGAAAUUUAUAUAAAAUGCUGGCAGGCAAGUUUUACGUACCAUUCUAUCUUAAAGAGUAAGUAGCAGGGUUCUGAAAAAUAUAGCUUACACAUCUCCACGUGUUGCUACAACUGUAAAUCAUGUACCUGUAACUUUUCUUUUCAUUGUUAACAUCCUGACAACGUUUUACAUAAAGCUAUACCUUUAAAGUCUGUGGAGAUGUAUAAAGCUGUAUUUAUCGGAACUCCGCUACUUACCCUUUAAGGAGUGGAAUGCUAUUAGGGUUCCUCAGAGUGGGACUUGAUAAUGCUGUGUUGAGUUUCAACAUGCAAGACCCUUCAUCAGCCUGCAAAUGUAGACCGUAGUUUGAAUUGCUGACAGUGGUUUGUCUUCUUGCAAGUUCCCCAGGCCCUGAAAAUGAUACGUCAGUGCUGCUGGAAUCAUGUUUCCUAUCUGAGGUCCUUCACUCUUAAGAAUGCACCUGGUUUCCUUAUUUUGAACAAGGUGGGGUUGAGGACCAUCUUCCUCAGGCACUAGGGAAAGAGAAAGACCACCACAAGCACUUUAAGUGGGAGAUGGCAUUAGGGACCUGUCCUGGGGGGAAACACACACACACACACACACACACACAAUCAAAUGACUCAAGUCAUUAGAUUAAAAAUGUCCAUGGCGAUAAGUACAGUUGAACCAUUUUAAUGUCACUAUUAGGAGUUCUCCAAUAACCUGGUAAAAUAAGCAUUAAAUGCAGAAUAAUGUUAAUACAAAUAUACCUGUUUUGCGGUGGAACUUUAAAUGUAGUUGACGCAGGUAGAGGGAUUGCAUUGAUUACAAUUGGUUUCCUUUAAAAAUAAAUAAAUUCUGAACUGUACAACACUGUUGUAUAAUAAAUGCUUUUUUGUGCUGCUAUAGUAGAACUUUUCAAAACUGUAAUGGGACUUUCAAAACUAUUAUUUCCCAAAGUGAUAUUUCGUAGGGUGGAAAUUAGAUUUACGGCUGAUAAAUACGACUGCUGUAAACCAAAGUGUGAUAUUAAAAGAAGCAUUGACUUCAGUUUGAUUCUGACCAGUACAUUUCAAUGUGAUUAUAAGCUGAUAUUAAAUAGGUUUGACUGUACAUACAUUGCAGGUAUACUGUUUGUCAUUCCAGCAUUUGAAAGGCACAAUAACUUUGAAUUGGCAACACCAUAUUCUUCCCAAGAUAUUUCCCCUUAAUAGGUUGAGGAUUAGGGUGUUGCUAUUGAGGAAUGAUGUUUUUUGAACCCUCAGAAUAUGAAAUAUUUUAUUGUAUGACAUGUAUCAGCACUGAGCCCUGUGAAAAAAUAUUUUAAUAAAUCUUAAUAAAAAUACAUGUCUAUGUUGCUUGGCAGUGUGAUAAGAAUCAUACUUCAUUACAAUUUGUUUCUUUUACGGUUCCUUUCCUCAUCAGACAGAUUUGGACCCUGUGAAAUGGGGGAAUCGCUGUAGAAGUGGUGAAAAGCUAAUCAGUUCAGUUCAGAUUCCAGGCAAGUGAGUGAAGCACAUGGCUAACUGAAGUCCCAGUCUAAGUCAGUUUUGGAUUUUGGGUGUCCUGGCUGAUACAGGGUUACACUGGCAAUGAAAAGACUCCUCACUCUACAGUACCUGUAUUUCCCAUGUGUAAUAACAAUGCAGGUGUUGAUUCUGGAAGCAAUCAAAAUAACAUGACAGCAUGCAUUGAUUGUAAUGUUUUUGUUUUGUGGGGGUUAGGUUGGGGGGGGGGGGAAUAUUCGCUUGUGUUAUAAUAAUAAUAAACUGUGGUUUGUUGAACAUUCCUAGAAAAAGAUUAUUAAAGAUCCCAUCUGCUUAUUUUUUA